AGCCGACGCCGCGCAUGCGCCAUACAGAAGAUAUACUUUCUGUUUGGGAAAAUAUAUAUAUUUUGGACGUAGUAUGUGUUAUAUUUUAGUACAAUAUAUAUUAACACUAUUUAUAUCACCAUGGUUAUCGGAUGCUGCUUCGUCUGUGUUUUUGCAGUGCUGAUAAACAAAGUGUGUCUGCAGGUCACAGUAGAGGGUGUUAUUGGUGGUUCUGUUGUCCUGCCAUGUUUUUCCAGGAAAAAUGAUCUUAAACCUCAAGACAUUAAUGUGCAUUGGAGACACAAUUAUACUCAGAUUGUGUGUGAUAUAAUCCAGGGUAAAGAUUCAGUAGAGGGACAAAACCAAUGGUACAAAAACAGAACUGAAACUUUCCCUGAUGAGUAUCUGAAAGGAAAUUUUUCCAUCAAACUCAACAAUCUUCAACAUGCUGAUGCAGGAGAGUUCAGCUGCUUCAUCACAUCUGAUUCGAAAGAGGAGACUGUACAGCUCUUCAUCAGUGCUUUUGUUGUAGAUUCAACAGCAGACAAAGGAAACAAAUCAACUGAUCUAGAAACCCCAGGAGAAACAGCACCAGACAAUGUGGGGAUACCAUGGCACUGGGUCAUCAUAGCAGUUGUAUUAGUUAUUAUCAUUAUAGUUGUUUUAAUCUUAAUUUUCAGAAAAAAGAGAGGUCAGUCUCCCUUAUAGAAGAAACAGCAACACUUAAACUCUUAAUUUUAUGCAUAUUGAUAGUAAGUAAAAUGCAUGUCAUUUUUGUUGGUGUUUCAUUUUUGGUACUGGGUAGGGUUAAUGGAUCAAAAAUGUGGACAUCCAUUAAUAGGUUCUUUAUUAUUGCUAGUACUUAUGACUCAUAUUACUGAUUAUUUUCCUGCCUUAUUUUAUUACUCCUAAAACUAAAAAUGAUGUUCUUUCCCUUGACAGCUGGCACCCAAUGACAAGUCCAAAAAUGUAACACUAGAUUUGGCAAAGGAUCUUAAAUAUGUUAAAGGCACUGUUAUAAAGGGAUACCAGUUUUUAUUUAUUUAUUUUAUUAUUAUUAUUUUUAUUUUUGGUCAGCGUGGGUACAUUUUAAUUUAAUUUUCUUAUGCUGAUGUUUAUUGAUUUAUUUAAAAGUAAGAAUCAUUACAAAAUCUGUAAUUAUGAAUCCAUUAAUUUACUUCUUUUAAUUAUACCUUUUAAAUGAAUUUGAUUAAACAGCACUCAAGGAAUCCCACCACUUUGUAGAAUUACUUUCUAAAUGAUAUUUUCUCUAAGAUUAGUUUUUACAAGAAAAGUUUUUCACAAGUUUUUUUUAUGUUGACUUUGUAAAUAUGAUUUUGGAAGGCAUGAUUACUGAUAUGUAAAUAUUGGUGUUAAACAUAAAAGAACAUUUUGAUUUAUUUUUUUAUUAUUUUUUUUUUUUUAAUGGGAAUUGGGUAGUGUUAAAUGCCUUAUUACUAAUAAAUAGCCGAUAUGCUAGUAAUAUCCAUGCUAAUAAGCAACUAGUUAAUCACUGAUUCAAUGAAAUUGCUGAUUAUAUUACUGCUUUAUUUUAUGACUCCUAAAGCCAAAGAAAAGGUUUUCUGAUGACUGAUAAAAAUUAUUUAUGUGUUCUCCAAACUGAAGACUUGUUUAUUUUGGUUUGUAUUGUUUUGUAUUUUGAACCUUCUAAAAACCCAAAUGUGAUUUUCAAAGGCAUGGUUACUGUUAUAAAUCUUGGUGUCAAACAUUAUUUGCUAAAUAUUAUAUGUAUCUGUGUGUGUGUGUGUGUGUGUGUGUGUGUGUGUGUGCAUGUGCGUGUGCGUGUUUGGUUUAUAUAUCCUGGUGGGGACUUAAACCUGAAUACACACAGACUCAUGGUGACUCGUGUCACGGUGGGGACCUAAAUUGAGGUCCCCAUGGGUACAAAAGCGUAUAAAUCACACAGAAUGAGUUUUUUUGAGAAAGUAAAAAUGCAGAACGUUUCCUUUGAUGUGUUAGUUUAUGUGUAGGGUUGGUGUAGGGCGACAGAAAAUAUGGUUUGUACGGUAUAAAAACCAUUAGGCCCUUGGAGAGUCCCUACAAGGAUAGCUAACUAGACGUGUGUUUGAGGCAGAUUUUAAAUUGUUCUUGUACUCUGGCUCAUGAUUUACAUCUUUACUAUUAUUGCUAAUUAAUUCAUACACAUUCCUGUUGUCACUGCUCUGUCUGUCAUUUCUGGUUUAUUAAUAAAAGGUAU